GCGCGCCCCCCAGAGGCCGGGGGAGGAAGGACGGCGGCCAAGAUGGCGGCCAAGAUGGCGUCGGGGCGCCUGGCCUGGGCGCUGAGGGGCGGCCUCCGCCGGGGCUGGCGCGGCCUGGGGGCCCGGCCGGGGCCUCGCUCCCCGCCGCCCUCAUCACCACCGCCCGGGGCCAGGGGUCUGACCGCCUCCGCCCCCCGGCAGCAGCAGGAAGAAUUCCCAUCGCUGGAAGAGAAGCCCCAGUUCCCGGGGGCCUCGGCCGAAUUCGUGGACAAGCUGGACUUUAUCCAGCCCAACGUCAUUUCCGGCAUCCCCGUCUACCGGGUCAUGGACCGGCAGGGCCAGAUCGUGAACCCCGAGGAAGACCCCCAGCUGCCCCGGGAACAGGUGCUGAAGUUCUACAGGAGUAUGACGCUCCUCAACACCAUGGACCGCAUCCUCUAUGAGUCUCAGAGGCAGGGCCGCAUCUCCUUCUACAUGACCAACUACGGCGAGGAGGGCACCCACGUCGGUAGCGCCGCCGCCCUGGACGACACCGACCUGGUGUUCGGGCAGUACCGAGAGGCGGGGGUGCUGAUGUACCGCGGCUACCCGCUGGACCUCUUCAUGUCCCAGUGCUACGGUAACGCCAGUGACCCGGGCAAAGGCCGCCAGAUGCCCGUGCAUUACGGCUGCAAGGACCUGCACUUCGUCACCAUCUCCUCCCCGCUGGCUACCCAGAUCCCCCAAGCGGUGGGCGCGGCCUACGCCGCCAAGAGGGAGAACGCCAACCGGGCCGUCAUCUGCUACUUCGGGGAGGGGGCGGCCAGCGAGGGAGACGCCCACGCGGGCUUCAACUUCGCCGCCACCCUGGAGUGCCCCAUCAUCUUCUUCUGCCGCAACAACGGCUACGCCAUCUCCACGCCGACCUCGGAGCAGUACCGCGGGGACGGCAUCGCCGCCAGAGGCCCCGGCUACGGGAUCAUGUCGAUCCGGGUGGACGGCAACGACGUGUUUGCCGUCUACAACGCCACCAGGGAAGCCCGGCGCCGGGCCGUGGCCGAAAACCAGCCCUUCCUCAUCGAGGCCAUGACGUACAGGAUCGGGCACCACAGCACGAGCGACGACAGCUCGGCCUACCGCUCGGUGGACGAGGUCAACUACUGGGACAAGCAGGACCACCCCAUCUCCCGCCUGCGCCAUCACCUGCUCAGCAAGGGCUGGUGGGGGGAGGAAGAGGAGAAGACCUGGAGGAAGCAGUCGCGCAAGCUGGUGAUGGAGGCCUUCGAGGCGGCGGAACGGAAGCUGAAGCCCAACCUCAACCUGCUGUUCUCGGACGUGUACCGCGAGAUGCCCGCCCACCUGCAGAAGCAGCAGGACGCCCUGGCCCGCCACCUCAAGACCUACGGCGAGCACUACCCCCUGGACCACUUUGAGCAGUGAGGGGCCCCUCCCCGGAGGCCUAGACGCCCGUCGGCCGGCUGCCCGCUCGGACCCGCCCCGGUCGGGGAGGGCCGAGUCCGGGGGUCUCCGCUGACACCCCCACCCCCCUUCUCUAGGCCUGCCGGGGCCGGGGGGGAGACCCAACCUGCCCCACCCUGGGAGGGCAGAAAAGGAAGCGGGUCUGGCGCGGCCCCCCCCCCCCCCCCCGUCGCUCUGGGGAGAGGUGGACACGGCAAGUACCGGCCCCUUCUCGGGAGGAGGGGACCGGGGCCGUCCCCUCUCCGCUUCCCCCGGGCUCCGGAUCCACCCGCUUGCAGACCCCGAGACUCGGCCCUCACCUGCCCGCCCCCUCGUGUGCCUCCCAGUGCCUUCUCCCCCGGAGCAGAGUCGGGGGCCCGGCCGGAGCAGCCCCCCGAACCCGGACUCCGCUCGCGGGUCCGAUUCCGUGGCGGGGGGGAGGGUCAAUAAAGGUGUCUCCGUUCA